AUGGAAACGCUCGAGCUCGAACUUGACAAGGCAAUUAGAACCGCUGUCAAGAGCAAAUACAAAGAAUCGGAACGUGGAACGGUCUAUCUCAAAUUUACAAAUGUCUCCAAAUCGGUCUCGGAUACACAUAUUUCGAAAGGGUGCAGAUCAUUUUUCGAUGAAGUCUCCCGAGCUUUGAUGAUCACCGUCACCGGGGCCCCCCAUCAAUCUGCAGCUUCAGUCUUCGGUACUCGAUUUCUCAUCGCACAGCAACUUGCGGGUCUUGACGACAAGCUGAUCACGACAGUCGGUUCGGCACGUGUCGAAGGAUUUCAGUCCAGCAAAGAACCCGAUGGAACUUGGGAGCCAAUAAAUCCCGGUCGAGUCCCCAGUCACUGGCCAUCAGUUGUUUUAGAAGUCGCUUUCUCAGAAUCAGCUAAAAAACUCUGCGAUGACGCGGAAUGGUGGCUCACCCAUUCAAACGGGCAAGUAAAUCUUGUGAUCACAAUCCGCAUACAUCAGAACGACGCCAGAAUGACUUUUCAGGCUCAUGAGCCUAUCCAACAAACUAUCCAAAGUCGAAGGAUUAUUCAGACCAACAUGCGACAGGAAAUUAUUAUGAGCAGACCACUAGGAGAAACAGAAAUGCCGAUCGUUUGCGUUCCAAACGAGCCUCUCCGGAUCUCAUGUCGAGACCUUCUGCUCCGAGAUGCGAUUCCACCGGAAAAGGACCCCAACAUUUCAGUUGUUUUGCUGGAAAGAAUUGCACGAGAUACAUGGAGGAAGCAGGGAGUCUAA